GAGGACCAAUAGGCCCUACAUACCUUAUCCACUGUUCUCAAACUAGAAAACUUAAACAAACUGCUCUGUCCAACACAUCCUUUGAUAAAUUUUGCUCUUAUUUAGACAUCAAGAAUAUAAAACACAGAUGCCACCAAGUGUUUGCUCAUCCAAUCCAUCAUCAACUUCCAUUUCAAAGUUCAUUUCAGAACAACCAUAUCUUCAUAUGCUAGAAACAAAAUGUAGGACUAUGACAGACCUCAAAAAGAUUCACGCCCAUCUCAUAAAAAGUGGUGUAAUUAAGGACAAAAUAGCAGCUAGCCGUGUCCUUGCAUUUUCAUCCAAGUCCCCUCCUAUUGGUGACAUCAAUUAUGCAAACUUGGUUUUCACUCAGAUAGAAAAUCCAAAUCUUUUCAGUUGGAACACUAUCAUUAGAGGUUUCUCAGAGAGUUCGACACCACAAUAUGCAAUUCAUCUCUUCAUUGAAAUGUUGAACACUUCACAAGUAGAACCAUUCUUGCUCACUUAUCCUUCGGUUUUUAAGGCCUAUGCUCGAUGUGGUCUUGCCAAAGACGGAGCUCAACUUCAUGGGAGAAUCAUAAAAUUAGGCCUAGGAUUUGACACAUUCAUAAGAAACGCUCUGUUGCAUAUGUAUGUAAGUCGUGGAUUUUUGGUUGAAGCAAGGAAAUUGUUCGACGAGGCUGAGGCUGAGGACGUUGUUUCUUGGAAUUCCAUGAUCAUGGGCUUAGCUAAAUCGGGAGAAAUCGAUUAUUCUUGGAGGUUGUUCAGUAAAAUGCCAACUAGAAAUGAUAUUUCUUGGAACAGUAUGAUAAGUGGAUUUGUUAGAAAUGGGAAGUGGACUGAAGCAUUGAACCUGUUUAGCACAAUGCAAAAGGAAAAAAUUAAGCCAAGUGAAUUCACCCUGGUGAGUUUGUUGAAUGCUUGUGGACACUUGGGAGCACUUGAACAAGGGAACUGGAUUUAUAACUAUGUUAAAAGGAACAACGUUGAGUUGAAUGUCAUUGUUGUUACUGCAAUUAUAGACAUGUAUUGCAAGUGUGCAAACGUUGAAAUGGCGUGGCAAGUUUUCGAGAGAGUCCCUAACAAAGGGUUAUCAUCUUGGAACUCUAUGAUUUUGGGCUUAGCUACUAAUGGUUUCGAGGAUGAAGCAAUUAAGCUAUUUGCAAGGCUACAAUGCACGAGUCUCAAACCAGAUUCUGUGAGUUUCAUUGGUGUCCUAACUGCAUGCAAUCACUCGGGAUUGGUAGAUAAAGCUAAAGACUACUUCCAAUUAUUAAUGGAUAAAGAAUACGGUAUUGAACCAUCAAUUAAGCACUAUGGUUGUAUGGUCGAUAUACUUGGCCGAGCAGGACAACUUGAAGAAGCAGAAGAGAUUAUAACAAGUAUGAAAAUGGAACCUGAUGCUGUCAUAUGGGGUUCUUUGUUAUCGGCUUGUAGGAGUCAUGGAAACAUAGCAUUGGCAAGAUGGUCAGCUGAGCAUUUGCUUGAGUUGGAUCCAAAUGAAAGCAGUGGCUAUGUAUUGAUGGCAAAUAUGUAUGCAGCCUCAGGCCAGUUUGAAGAAGCUAUGGAUGAAAGAAUUUCAAUGAAAGAGAAACAUAUAGAAAAAGAACAGGGAUGCAGUUCAGUACAAGUUAAUGGAGAAGUUCAUGAGUUUGCUUCUGGUAGGAAGUUAGAUUCUGAGUUUAAUGGUAUACACUAUAUUCUUUGAUACUCUAGACAAAGGAAUUUUAUUUGUUAUUGUCUACCAUUUGUAAUCAGAAACUAUUUUGUUUGCCACUCAUCACCUUAUGAACUAAUUAAGAGGAACAUAGUUAGUAAAUUUAGGAGUAUAUUUCAUGUCAACUAGAAUACAUGGGACAAGUUGAUCUGUUGGUGAUGGCAAUCAACACAAAAGAAGGAUCUGUUGAGAGUAGUUGAAUGUACCAAAACACCAAUGGCUUUAUAGUUGAUAUGGUGUUGUCAUGGCUUUGCCGAAUUAUAACACUCAAUUGACAUCAUAGUUUCAAGGUUGAGAUACAACACUUGGUUGACAUCUCAUAUGUUA